AUGUUUGAUGAAAUAAAUGAAGUGAAAGAAAAAAUUGAUGAGGUUUUUGAUACGGCGAUGAGAACCGAGGAUUCGCAGAUUGAAAAUAUUGUUUUGGUGACAUUCAAUGAUCCAGAUGCUGAACUAAGAACCGUCACCAAUAAUUUAAGCGAACUGAAAAUUGCUUUGGCCAGCAUUGACGUCAAGGGUGGCGCGUACUGCCCGGAAUAUUCGCUAACAGGCCUUAAAUUAGCUCUUCAGAACAGUCUGCCUUAUUCAUUAGUAUUCGUUUUUACUGACGCCUCGGCGGCUGAUUAUACGAUGUUUGAGGAAAUCAAAAGGCUUGCAGUGAAGAAAAGUGUUCGGAUAUAUUUCGUUUUAACCGGUGAAUGUAGAAGCGUUUACGAUGAUGAUUAUCAAGUAUACUACAAACUAGCCACCGCGACACACGGAAGAGUUUUCAGAGAGCACAAGGGAAACAUAAAAGAUAUUAUGCCAUACGUGAUUCAAAACAUCAGAAGCAGAAGACAUGUAUUGGUUCCUGAAAGGCAUCCUCAAGUACACAGCAAAAAGUUUUAUUUUACGGUCUACGACAAAAAUGUUACGGUAUACAUAACAAUCAGAGCUCGUGAACCAAUAAUCCAAAUCCUUGAUUCACAAGGGAGAAAUGUGGAAACUGAACGUAUUUUGAACCUAGGCCACGUAUUGGCAGUUAAACUUCCACCAAGCCAACCUGGGGUAUUUAGAGGAGAGGCUACAGUUACAAGGCAAAGCAACACUAUCGCAAGAGUAUUCUAUCGCAAGAGAAAGGAAACAAUAAUGGCAAGAUAUUUUAAGAAACAAAAAUCAGUUAAACAACAAUUAGAAGUAUUUCUUGAAGGCUACCUUUUACCUAAGUUUUAA